AUAUGUCUGCAGCCAGUCCCGCCCAUAUGUCUGCAGCCAGACCCUCUUGUUGCUCAAAUCUGUCGUAACAGAGCACGAACAAAAAAAUCGAAAGCGUUCAAAGACAUCUGGAUUCUAUUCCCUGUACAAAAGACCGUCUGUACUGCUACAAGUUAUGCUGAACAGGUGACACUUUUCACAAAUCAGUGCUGAUCUUUGCACUGGCUGUGUAGCUGCAGUAUGUCAGGGGACCGAGGAAAAGACUCUCCGUCUGAGAUGAGUCUUCCCAAGGAACAUGGUGUAAGAUCAGGUUCACUUGUAUCCAGCUCUGUGUCUGUGAAGAGUGACUGUUCACAUGAUCUACCAGUCAACUUCAGUGAAAAAACACCAUGUAACAAGAGUGUAAGAUCAGGUUCACUUGUAUCCAGCUCUGUGUCUGUGAAGAGUGACUGUUCACAUGAUCUACCAGUCAACUUCAGUGAAAAAACACCAUGUAACAAGAGUGUAAGAUCAGGUUCACUUGUAUCCAGCUCUGUGUCUGUGAAGAGUGACUGUUCACAUGAUCUACCAGUCAACUUCAGUGAAAAAACACCAUGUAACAAGAGUGUAAGAUCAGGUUCACUUGUAUCCAGCUCUGUGUCUGUGAAGAGUGACUGUUCACAUGAUCUACCAGUCAACUUCAGUGAAAAAACACCAUGUAACAAGAGUGUAAGAUCAGGUUCACUUGUAUCCAGCUCUGUGUCUGUGAAGAGUGACUGUUCACAUGAUCUACCAGUCAACUUCAGUGAAAAAACACCAUGUAACAAGAGUGUAAGAUCAGGUUCACUUGUAUCCAGCUCUGUGUCUGUGAAGAGUGACUGUUCACAUGAUCUACCAGUCAACUUCAGUGAAAAAACACCAUGUAACAAGAGUGAAAGAUCUGACUCGCUUGUAUCCAGCUUUGUGCCUAUAAAGAGUGACCAUUCAAAGGGAGAUGGAUCAGACUUCAAUGAGAAGACACCAUCCCCUUCCAAAAGUAACAAAGGACAGAAGACAACAGUAAAUAUUGGUGAAGAAAUUACACGGUGGGACGCUCUGAAAGCACAGAAGGGAUUGAAGAGUGAUGUGGAGCUGGCAACUUUUCUUCUCAACAGGGUUCAGUUUGAGAAAUCAGACUCAAGCUACAAGAAUUACCGCAACCGCAAAAAUUUUAGAGAAAAUCUCCUCUGGAUCUUCAAGGAUCUUGAGAAAAAAAUAAUUGUAUUUCUGACGAAUGAGCUGGAAAAGUUUAAGAAAAUAUUAAAUAAAGAGAAUACACAGUACUUUGUGCAGGAUUUUACAGAGGAGAUGCGUGAUAUCAAAGAAGCAGCUCUUGAUAUCACACUCUACUUCCUGAGAGACUUGAAGCAAUAUAAGGCUGCAGAUGCUCUACAGGAUGAGCUGGUCCUCAUUCAUCAGCGACCACUAAAAUCAAACCUGAAGAAGAAGCACCAAUCUGUAUCUGAAGGAAUCUCAAAGCAAGGUGACUCCAAGCUUCUGAAGAACAUCUACACAGAUCUCUGUAUGACUCUGAGUGUCAGUAAACAAGUCAAUAUUCAAAAUGAAGCAGGACAAGUUCAGGCUGCUGAUAGACGACAUGAAUCACGAGAGAUUCCAGUUGAAUGCAAAAAUUUGUUUGAAUCACCUGAACAAGACAAGGAGAUCAGAACUGUACUGACAAAAGGAGUUGCUGGCAUCGGAAAAUCCAUCUCUGUGCAAAAGUUAAUUGUGGAUUGGGCUGACGGUAAAGAAAAUCAGGAUAUUACUUUCAUAUUUCCUCUUGCAUUUCGAGAAAUGAACUUAAAGGAGAAAGAAACACAAAGCAUGUCAAGUCUUAUACAUCGGUUUUUCCCAGAGAUAAAAGGACUAAACCUUGAAAGAAAAGAUAAAUUUAAAUUACUGUUCAUCCUUGAUGGUUUGGAUGAAUGUCGUCUUCCUCUAAACUUUGACGGUAAUGAGAUUUGCUGUGAUGUAACAUCACAAGUCCCUCUGGAUGUUCUCCUCACAAACCUCAUCAAGGGAAAUCUGCUUCCUUCUGCUCUCAUCUGGAUCACCACCAGACCAGCAGCUGCCAUUAAAAUUCCUCCCGAAUGUAUUGACCGUGUGACAGAAGUGCAAGGUUUCAGUGAUGCACAAAAGGAGGAGUACUUCAGAAAAAGAUUCACAGAUGGGGAUCUGGCCAACAAAAUUAUUGAUCAUGUUAAAAAAUCAAAGAGUCUCUUUAUCAUGUGCUACAUCCCAGUCUUCUGCUGGAUUACAGCCACUGUUCUCCAGAACAUUUUCGAGGAGAAAAGGAAUAAUAAUCUGAAAAACAAUCAGGCUGGUGACGCCUCCAAAACACUUAAGGAAUCGAAUACUGAAGACACUCCUAAGACUCUGACACAAAUGUACACACACUUUCUCCGCUUUCAGAUGCUGCAGAGCAGACGAAAGUAUGAUGGAGAAUACACACCAGAUGUUUCCUGGGAUAAAGAUGCCAUCCUUUCACUGGGAAAACUGGCAUUUCACCAGUUGCAGAGAAACAAUCUGCUCUUUUAUGACACAGACCUGGAAGCCUGUGGUAUUGAUAAAUCUAAAGCAUCAGUGUAUUCAGGCAUGUGUACCCAGAUCUUUAAGGAGGAAACAGGAAUUAUCCUUGGUACUACUUUCUGUUUUGUUCACUUGAGCAUUCAAGAGUUUAUUGCAGCCCUUUAUGCACAUCUGUUUCUAGACAUCAACAAGAAAAGUGUGUUUGUUCAAGACUCUGCAGAACAGGAAAACAAAAAUGUAACCAUGAUUGAUUUGCUCAAGACUGCAGUGGACAAGGCACUCGAGAGUGAAACUGGACACCUGGACCUUUUCCUUCGCUUCCUUCUCGGUCUGUCACUCCAGACCAAUCGUCCUCUCUUACGAGGUCUGUUAUCACAGCAAGAGAGCAAAAAUGAGAACUACGAGGACAUAGUUCAGUACAUCAAGGAUAAAUUAGAAGAUAAUCUGUCUCCAGAGAGAUCCAUCAAUCUGUUCUACUGUCUGAAUGAACUGAACGACCAAACUCUGGUGAAAGAGAUUCAGAAUCAAAUUCAAGAAGGAAGUCUCUCAUCUGAUCUUUCACCUGGUCAGUGGUCUGCUGUGGCCUUCGUUUUGUUGACUGCAGAGGAAAAGAUGGAGGAGUUUGAGCUUCAGAAAUUCAAGAAAUCAGAUGAGUGUCUCUUUAGGCUACUGGAAGUUUGUAAAAUCUCCAAAAGAGCUGUGCUAAAUGAUUGUAACUUAACAGAUGAGAGCUGUUCAAAUUUGGAAAAAGCUCUCAAAUCAGAUAACAAUCUGAUAGAGCUGAAUAUGAGCAAUAAUAAUCUACAGGAUUCGGGAGUAAAGCAGCUCUGCAUUGGACUGGAGAAUAUUACGUGUAAAUUGGAGAUACUGAAGCUCUGUAACUGUGCAUUAACAGAGGAAAGCUGUUCAGCUCUUGCUUCAGUUCUCAGUUCAGACUCCAGCAGUUUGAAGGAUCUUGAUCUGAGCAAUAAUACUCUGAAGGAUUCAGGAGUGGAGCUGAUCUCUGAUGGACUGAAAGACAACUGUAAACUGGAGAAGCUCAGUCUUUCAGACUGCAGUAUCACUGAAGAAGGUUAUAAAGCUCUGGCUUCAGCUCUGAGAUCAAACCCUUCACACCUGAUAGAGCUGGAUCUCACAGGAAAUGAUCCUGGACAAUCAGGAGUGAAGGAACUCAGUCAUAUACUACAGGAUCCAAAAUGUCAACUAAAGCUGAGGUUUUUGGGUCCUGCUGCAGAAAAAGCCUUUCAGAAUGUGAAAGAAAUUGUGGGUGAAAACCUGUUACUCCUGAAAAAGCUGGAUCUGAGUAAACUUGAACUAGGAGACACAAACAUGAAUCAGAUCUCUGCUCUACUGCAGGAUACACACUGUAAACUCAGCACACUGAUUUUGAAUAACAGCAGUGUCACACCAGAAGAUUGUCGUGUUCUGACUGAAGCUUUAAAUUCAAAUCCUUCAAACCUGACAGAGCUGGAUCUGAGUGGAAAUAAACUAGGAGACUCAGGAAAUGAGACGAUCUGUCACCUGUUGGAAAACACACAGUGCAAAUUGGAAAAACUGAAACUUUCAGACUGCUGUAUCACAGAAGAAGGUUAUAAAGCUCUGGCUUCAGCUCUGAGAUCAAACCCUUCACACCUGAUAGAGCUGGAUCUCACAGGAAAUGAUCCUGGACAAUCAGGAGUGAAGGAGCUCAAUCAUUUACUACAGGAUGAAUGCUGUAAAUUGAAGUCCAUCAGGUUUUUGAAAAGUCCUGCUGCAGAGGAAGCGUGUGAUUAUCUCACUAAAGUUCUGGGUACAAGUCCAUUAUUAAUGACAGAACUGGAUCUGAGUGAAGAUAAAUUAGGAGAUCUGGAUGGAGAGAAACUCUCUGCACUUUUAAUGGACUCUCAUAGCAAACUGGAGACAAUAAAGCUGAAUAAUUGUGAGCUGACAGAGAAAAGCUGUUCAGUUCUAGCUACUGUUCUCUCCUCCAAAACCAUCCUGAAAGAGAUGAACCUGAACAACAGUCGUCUGAUGGACUCAGGAGUCAAAGAGAUCUGUGAGGGACUGAAGAAUCCUGUGUGUGAGCUGAAGAUACUCAGUUUCGGUAAAACUCACGAGAGAAAUCCUUGUAAAUCCAAGAUCAGUCUGAGUCCCUUCCGUCUUCAGGUCGAAAACAGCAGAUAA